AUGAAGCACCUCCAGCUCACCCCCGGCGAAGGCACCAAGCCCCUGAAAGACGGCGCGUCCGUCCCUGCUGCAUUGCCAGAAGCCAAAGAGACCAAGCUCCACCCGGCAAAUGCACCCGACGCCUCGACUAACGCCUCGCUCUUCUUCGUUGGAACAGCGACUACAAUCCUAGAGUGGGAAGGCCUGCGCAUACUCACAGACCCCAACUUCCUCCACGCAGGCGACCACGUCCACCUCGGGCCCGGCGUAAGCGCAACGCGGAAGACGAAUCCAGCGAUCGAUUUGGAAGAGCUCCCUCACAUCGACGCCAUCCUGCUCUCCCACUACCACGAAGACCAUUUCGACAAGCUUGUUGAAGACAAACUCUCCAGGAGCAUUCCCAUCAUCACCACCCCUCAUGCGCAUGGCUGCCUGACCUCCAAGGGCGCCGACUCCUUCACCAACGUGCACGCCCUCGACUUCUGGCACGGCCUGAUGAUCGACGUCAAGCCCAAAUCCGUCACCACCGGCCCAACGCCCAGCCUGAAAAUCACAGGCAUGCCAGGAAAACACAUCCCACCGGGCCCUCUCGGCGCCGCAAACGACAUCCUCGGCGCCGUGCCUCCCACCAACGGAUGGAUGAUUGAGCUGGGCUACUCGUCGCCCAGCGCCGCCAAUGCAGACGAGUUCAGCAGCGGGUACCGAGCGUACAUCACCGGCGACACGCUGAUGGUGGACGAGCUCAAGGAGAUACCGGAGCGCUACAAGGACCACAACAUCGACCUGAUGCUGAUCCAUCUCGGCGGGACCACGAUCCCCGGCCCGAGCAUGCCGCUGCUGAUGGUGACCAUGGACGCCAAGCAGGGCGUCGAGCUGAUGCACUUGAUCGACCCGGAUGUCACGAUCCCCAUCCACUACGACGACUACGACGUCUUCCUGAGUCCGCUGGACGACUUCAAGAAGGCCGUCGAACACGCCGGGUGGAGCGGGAAAGUAGUGUAUCUAGACCGCAAGGACCAGUACAAGUUCCUAGUCAAGCAGGAAGCGGACAAGGAGCAGCAAGGGCUCGCGCAGCUUCCAGAAGCCAGUCGAGGAACAAAGUAG